UCGGCUAUUUCCAUUCGAAAAACACUUCACCCGUCUCGAGCUUGGUUCCUUAUUCCGAUCUGCGACGAGAUAAUGAAGCGUGUCGACCGCAGGAAAGAUACCACGACGCUCCCCGUCGUGACCCGCGACGAGGAAGGUAGGAAGAGGGUGGAGAAGAUAAGUGGAGGCUCACAAAGUGGACACCGUCGAAUACUUAGAGAGGAAGCUGAUGGACAAGGGCGUGCAGCGGAUGGAGCGCCACCCCGCCAAUGGCCUCGGCGGCAUCGGCCGCCCACCGCCCAAGUCCGGUCACGGCGGCAAGUACACGUGGGAGGGGCCGGAGGAUCCAGCAGAGAGCGAGCUGGCCCCGAUGCCGCCGGCAAUUGAUGAGAAGGACCCGAACUACGUGGACGAGGAAGCGGAGGAGAAGGUGAUCAGAGGGGAGGACGGGGAGGUGGCCGGGCUGGUGGUGGGGGAGGUGGAGGUGCCCAAGGCUCACGAGGUCGGGGUCGCAAGGAUCAAAGUUGAUCCUAACUUGAAGGUGUUUCAACAGGAGGAUUGAGUAGUUUGAUGAGAUUGUACAUUUUUUAGGAUUUACGUCGACAUCCUCGACUAAUCCCAUCUUAUCUUCUUCAGUUAUGUCUUUGGAUUCCGCGUAUAUGUUACGUCUUCCGUUUUAUAGUGUCUUCAGCUCAAGCACAGGGAUUUUGGAUUUGCUUUUGCAGCAUGCCAGAACAGACCCAAAUUGAUUUUCUUGGACAAACCGAAAGAAGUAUCUUUUGAGACCAAAAUUUGUUUUGCAUAGGUCAGGGAUUGCAGCUUUUGUUCUGUCACUUUUGAUUAUGAACAACUUCAAGACAUAUUCCUGUAAA